GCAAUAUCUUGUCUUCAUCUUAUACUCUACAUAAUUAGUCGAUAAUGUCUCCAAUCCUAGGCCCUCUGAGUUCCCAUACCCCACAAAUACCACGUCCACUUCCUAGCCCAACGGAUUCCGAACCCUCAGCCGAAGGCACCGCUUCUGAUUCAACACAAUCUUCUAUUUCUCUUUCGAUCUACCCAGACUAUGGGGACGAAGACAUCAGAAAGGCACCUUGGAAAUACUCCGGGUACAGAGUUUUUUCCAAAUGGCUUGCAUCUGACCAAUCCUUCCUCAUAACUCGCCGCUUUGGAGCGCUCCAAGCUCGAGUGCUUCUCUCCCUACAAGACGAGAUUGUCAAACUCGAGGAAGAACUAGAGUCAAUGGACCAAGCGUACAGUCGAAAAGCAGUGCCAGACGUCGACAACGGCUCUUUCAGAAUCGACCCUUGCGAAGCUCGGCCAGCACUUAUUACUACACUAGGGGACAAAUUAAGGGCAUACAAUGGUUUCAUCAAUGAAUACUCCCAACUGAUGGCUCGCCCAGUACCGCGCCCAGAUGAUAUUAGCAACGUACGAAACUGGCUUGGAACAGAUGACCCCGACCCGGAAAAACACCCCAUUAACGAAAUUGAAGCCGCCUAUAUUCCACAUACCAAGGAUCUCGUAACUGUCUUACCAAAGGAGAUAUCUUGGUUCCGGAAGGUCCUUGAACGCAGCCUUCUUCUCCGCAUCCCGGGUCUCCGCUUGCUCUUCGAGCGUAAGGACGAUGAUAUAGAAGACUAUGAUGACAUACGACCGAUACGGGAUAAUCAGCAAGGCUUUAUCAGGGCCACAAGGUGGCAGAAUGAUAAGAGAGUUGACAGACUUUCAGAGGGCGUGAUUGCGGUGGUUGGGUUAGCGAUGCUAAUUGCUCUAUUGUGGGUAUUGGACAAGAUUGAUCAUGGGUUGCCAAAUGUCAAGCUUGGAGCAAUUACGGUGUUUAUUGUAGUAUUUUUCGUACUAGUGGCGGUUGCUACUACAGCAAGGGUGUUUGAUGCUUUGGCAGCGACGGCAGCGUAUGCUGCUGUGCUGAUGGUGUUUUUGCAGCUUAGUGGCUAGAUAUCAGAUAGAGAAGGCUUUACCUUCUAUUUCAACUUAGUUUCGAAGAUAAUAAGAGCAAACUCUAAUGCUCAGUGGGUUGUACAUCAUAUCCGGGUAGGAGUAUCAAUC